UAUCGAUGACUCGCCACCUCUAUUGCAGCACAGCAAUCGACGCUUGUCAAUUUAUUAAUUGUUAAUAUUUUAAGUUAAAAAUAACGAGAUGGGACCGUCCGAAUUUAAAUUAAAUAACCCGCCAGAGGAUCUCAUAUCGGCAGUGAAAUUCGGCUGCAAAUCAAAUCAGUAUCUGGCGGCAUCCUCCUGGGACGGCACGCUUCGCUUUUACGAUGUGGCGGCAAACUCAAUGCGCCAAAAGUUUGUGCAAGAUGCCCCUAUUCUGGACUGUGCCUUUAUGGAUAUUGUACAUGUGGUCAGCGGUGGCCUGGACAAUCAACUGCGCCUCUACGAUGUGAACACACAAGCUGAGACUCUGGUAGGCGCCCACGAUGAGCCAAUUCGUUGUGUGGAACUUGCAGAGUAUGUGAAUGGUAUCUUGACUGGCAGCUGGGACAAGAAUGUAAAGCUGUGGGACAUGCGAGAGAAACGCUGUGUGGGUUGCUUUGAACAGAACAACGGCAAAGUUUAUUCCAUGUCGGUGAUUGACGAGAAGAUUGUGGUGGCCACCUCGGAUCGCAAAGUGCUUAUUUGGGAUUUGCGAAAGACAGACAGCUACAUCAUGAAGCGCGAAUCAUCGCUGAAGUAUCAAACCCGCUGCAUUCGUUUAUUCCCCAACAAGGAGGGUUAUGUCAUGUCAUCGAUUGAGGGUCGAGUAGCUGUCGAAUAUUUGGAUCAUGAUCCUGAAGUGCAGCGUCGCAAAUUCGCUUUCAAAUGCCAUCGCAACAGGGAGCAGAACAUUGAGCAAAUCUAUCCAGUGAAUGCGCUCAGUUUUCACAAUAUUUAUCACACAUUUGCCACAGGCGGCUCGGAUCGUAUUGUUAACAUUUGGGAUGGUCUUAAUAAGAAGCGUCUGUGUCAGUUCCAUGAGUAUGACACAUCGAUAUCUUCGCUUAAUUUCAGUAAUGAUGGCAGUGCUCUUGCCAUCGGUUGUUCCUACUUGGAUCAAUUCACCGAACUGCCAGCUUCAGUGCCCCUUCCUGCGAUUUAUAUACGUUACCCGACUGAUCAGGAGACAAAGCAGAAGUAAGCACAGACACAAUUAUAAAGCCUUUAUAUAGUAAUAAACCACAAACGAUUUAUAAUUUUACAACGAGUA